AGAUGAAACUCGCUCGAACUAAGAACAACGAAAGUCAGCAAAGUGCAACUAUAGGUAGAGCUGGUUGGACAAAAGAGUUAGUGCACUUCCUUUGCGACCUCUGCCUGAAAAAUGUUGAAAAGAGCAAGGGAAAAAAUGGUGGAGUAACUUCUCAAAGGUUGGUAUGGAAAAGAAUAGAAGUCAAUUUUGUAAAACAUACAAACCUCCACUGGGAUAAAGUAAAACUUAAGCAUAAGCUAGAUUGGAUGAGACAUAAGUGGGGUCUUUGGAAACUAUUGAAAGGAAAUGAGACGGAAUUAAGAUGGGAUCCUGUAAAAAAUACUGUUGAUGCUACUGAUGAGUGGUGGAACAUGAAGAUUAAGGAGAAUUCAAAAUUUGAGGCACUUCGUGAAGAAGGGAUUGAACCAGAACUAGCCUAUAAGAUGGAUCAAAUGUUUGGAUUUUAUGCUCAAGGUGCUUUAAAAUACACUCCAGUGUCUGAUCUUACACAAAGUCAUAUGCAAGCUGAAGAUGAUAAUGUGUAUGUUCCUUCUCCACCUCGUAGUGAUACUCAUGGUAAUCAUGUUGAUGAUAUAGAUGCUACAUAUGGUGGUAGUACUCGUGAAGCUUGGGAUGAUGUUUGGGGAGACGAUAGCCCCCCUCCUAUCUCUCCUAUAGGUACACAAAAUGAAAGGUAUGAAACAAGGAACGACAAGAGAGUUGAAGUGAAUGAUGCACCGCAAUCUAAUAAGAGUGCAAGGAUUGAAACCUCGAAAAGGGCGGGUGAAACAAAAUCUUUGGGUGAGAAACUUGAUAGCAUGAUGCAACUCAUUGGAGAAAGGAAUAAUACAUCUAAGGGAGUGCAUAUGUCUAUCAUGAGUGUUAUGGACUCAAUGGUCAAACCUAAAGAUGAUGAAAUUAUUGAUGCAUUAGCAAAGUUGUGUGCUUUGGAUCUAGAUCCGAGCACACCUGAAUUCUAUUUUGCUUGCACGAUGAUUGAGGAUCCACAGAAAAGGUCUAUUCUUCUUGGUUUACCAAAUGACAAGAUGAGAGUUGAGUACAUCAAGUUUGUGUAUGCUGAGCGGAACAAGAUUUAAAAGACAUCACUAUGUUUACAUUAGUAUUUUUUUAACUUAGUUAUGAACUGAUGUUAUGGAUUGCCAUAUUUUGGAAUCUUUAUUAUUCUCCAAACUAUAUUAUGAACUUAU